UGUCAGCUUUUUCUUUCCUCUUCAUCCUCCUCACACUCUCAAGCGUUUUCACGCAAACCCAUCAGCAACAAAAUCAGCCCAUCAAAACCAUAGUGGUUUUAGUCUUGGAAAACAGAUCAUUCGACCACAUGCUCGGGUGGAUGAAAAAAUCCAUAAACCCUUCCAUCAACGGCGUCACCGGCAGAGAAUGCAACUCCGUCUCGAACAAGACAAUAUGCUUCACGGACGACGCCGUCUACGUAGAUCCAGACCCGGGCCACUCGUUCGAGGACGUCGAAAAGCAGGUUUUCGGGUCGGGCCCGAUCCCCACCAUGUCGGGUUUCGCCGAGCAGGCCCUGUCAAUGUCGGAGAAUCUCUCCGAAACCGUCAUGAAAGGGUUCCGGCCCGAAAACGUCCCGAUUUACGCUGCCCUAGUGAACGAAUUCGUGGUAUUCGAUGAAUGGUUUAGCUCAAUACCCGGGCCCACACAGCCCAAUCGUCUGUUCGUCUACUCCGCAACCUCCCAUGGCUCCACGAGCCACGUCAAGAAACAGCUGGCGAAAGGGUACCCGCAGAAGACCAUAUUCGAUUCGAUUCACGAAAACAACGGCCUCGAUUUCGGUAUCUAUUUCCAGAACAUCCCCACCACAUUCUUCUACAGGAAUCUGAGGAAACUCAAGUACAUAUUCAAAUUCCACCAAUACGAUUUGAAGUUCAAGAGGGAUGCUAAAAACGGAAAGUUGCCUAAUUUGACUGUAAUCGAGCCCAGGUACUUCGAUCUCAAGGGCCUGCCCGCGAAUGACGACCACCCAUCUCAUGAUGUGGCGAAUGGGCAGAAAUUGGUUAAGGAAGUUUACGAGGCGCUAAGGGCCGGCCCACAGUGGAACGAGACGCUUUUCAUUAUAACGUAUGAUGAGCAUGGUGGGUUUUAUGAUCAUGUGCCCACGCCUUACGAUUUGGUUCCGAACCCGGAUGGGAAUACGGGUCCUGCCCCGUUUUUCUUUAAGUUCGACAGGUUAGGUGUUCGUGUGCCGACGAUUAUGGUGUCUCCAUGGAUCAAGAAAGGGACUGUGGUAAGCAAGCCUAAAGGCCCAACCCCGAAUUCGGAGUUUGAGCACUCAUCAAUACCUGCAACAAUAAAGAAGAUAUUCAAUCUGUCAUCCCACUUCUUGACACAUAGAGAUGCUUGGGCCGGCACUUUCGAGCAAGUCGUGGGUGAAUUAACUUCUCCAAGAACUGAUUGCCCGGAGGUUUUACCUGAUGUGAUCCCUCUAAAGAAGACUGAGACAGACGAGAAGAGGGGUUUAUCCGAGUUUCAAGGUGAGCUGGUACAGCUGGCGGCUGUCUUAAAUGGGGACCACUUUCUGAGCAGGUUCAUGGACGAGAUUGGUAAGAAGAUGAAUGUAAAGGAAGGUCAUGAGUACGUGAAAGGUGCCGUGUCAAGAUUCAUACAAGCAAGCAAAGAGGCUAUCAAAUUGGGUGCGGAUGAGUCCGCCAUUGUUGACAUGAGGUCGUCUCUGACUACGAGAUCCUCGAUUAUUAACGACUGAACUACUUUUUU